CUGUACCGGCGCUCAGGGGCGGUGCUGCACCUUACUGAGCGCGUCGUGUUUGGUCGGACAGCCACCGUUGACGUUCCUGUCGGCCGUUGGACAGUCAGCCUGCAGCGGCUGAUCCGAGCAGCAGUCGUCGUGGUUCCUCCACUUAGCCCGCUAGCUGUAUAUUCUUCUCUCAAGACGUAGGCUCGUCCAGGAACAUAACAGGGUCCUUUUUGUGAGCACCACUUUUUUCUCCCUCCUCCCUUUUCCUGGUUUUUGUUUUGUUUUUGUUUAAUAUUUUUAGUUAGUUUUUUAUUUAUUUUCUGGUGCGGAGAGAACAACUUUGCUGUCACAGAGCUGCAACCAGUUGUUUUGAUGGUCUGGGGUCAGUCUGCACCCACUGACGGACAUAAGCCUUGUGGGUCUCACAGAACACAGGAGGAAACAUGAGCACAGCCAAGUCCAGCGGGAUCAAAGGUCCCAGCAAGAUAGCCAGGCCUGGGACCGGAGCACCCAAGACCAACCCCAGUACAGCUAAAGCUGCUGCGGCCGACAAAUCAGCUGCAAGUGCCAGUGGAGGAGAUGGACAGAGCGCCGGGGAGGACUUCCAGGUCGGGGAGAGAGUAUGGGUGAACGGGAAUAAGCCAGGCUACAUACAGUUUUUGGGAGAGGCACAGUUUGCCCCUGGACAGUGGGCAGGGAUUGUUCUAGAUGAGCCGAUUGGGAAGAAUGAUGGCUCAGUGGCAGGUGUGCGCUACUUUCAGUGCGAAGCCCUGCGAGGAAUAUUUACUCGCCCAUCCAAGUUGUCUCGCACAGAAGGGGAGGCCAAUGGAACUCAAACGGCACCGCCAUCCCGCGCUUCCUCACCCACCCCUUCAGUUAGUAGCGUGGCCUCCCAUACUCCCGCCAAAAAAUCAACGUUACCCUCAACUACCACAGCCAAGAAGGCUUCGUCCACUACACCAGCUACACCAGCUACACCAACUACACCAGUGACACCAUCUUCCAACCUCGCACGCACAAACAGUGAAUCUGUGUCCAACCUCUCAGAGACCGGAUCAGUCAAAAAAGGGGAAAGGGAACUGAAAAUGGGUGACCGUGUACUGGUUGGUGGUACAAAGGCAGGAGUGGUACGUUUCCUCGGAGAAACAGAUUUCGCCAAAGGCGAGUGGUGUGGUGUGGAACUUGAUGAGCCCUUAGGAAAGAAUGAUGGGGCAGUGGCAGGCACAAGAUAUUUUCAGUGUCAACCCAAGUAUGGAUUAUUUGCUCCAGUGCACAAAGUCACACGAAUUGGCUUCCCUUCCACCACACCAGCCAAAGCAAAGACAACGGUUCGGAAAGUAGUUGCUACACCAUCAGGGCUGAAGCGAAGCCCCAGUGCCUCCUCCAUCAGUACCAUGAGCUCUGUGGCCUCCUCUGUCAGCGCCAAGCCUAGCCGCACAGGCCUGCUAACAGAGACAUCAUCACGGUAUAAUCGUAAGAUUUCAGGCACCACAGCCCUGCAGGAAGCGCUGAAGGAGAAGCAACAGCACAUUGAGCAACUUAUGGCAGAGAGGGACAUGGAGAAAGCUGAGGUUGCCAAGGCUACUAGCCAUGCUGGAGAUAUGCAGCAAGAAAUUACCCUGCUCAGGGAUGACCAGGAGCAGAUGGAGUCUAAGAUGGAUCAGUUACGUGCCUUGGUAGAAGCUGCAGACAAAGAUAAAGUAGAGCUGCUGAAUCAACUUGAGGAGGAGCGUAGGAAGGUGGAGGACCUUCAGUUCCGUGUAGAAGAAGCUUGUAUUACCAAAGGAGACCUGGAGACGCAGACCAGACUGGAGCAUGUCCACAUUAAGGAGCUUGAACAGAGCCUGCUCUUUGAAAAGACCAAAGCUGAGAAACUCCAAAGAGAGUUAGAAGACACUAGGGUUGCUACUGUGUCAGAAAGAUCCCGAAUUAUGGAGCUUGAGAAGGACCUUUCCCUGCGAACCAGAGAGGUAGCUGACCUGCAGCUACGUCUUGGGACCCAGCAGGGUUCUGAGGACUCAAACUCUAAUCUGUCCCCCCUUCUGGAAGAGAUAAACUCUCUGAGGGAUCAGUUGGCUUCCCAAGACACUAAGCAACAAGAAGAGCUGGUGAAAUACAAGGAAAAGCUGGAGACUCAAGAGAAGACCCACAGUGAGGCAGUUGCCCAGCUUCAGGCCUCAUCCAUUAGGCUCUCCGGUGAUAACGAGCAGCUGCAGAUGCGCUUAAGCCAGGCUGAGAAAGAGAACACUGAAACUAUUGAACAGUGGCGUUCCAAGUUGGAGUCUGCCAUUUUCUCUCAUCGGCAAGCCAUGGAGGAGCUGAAGCUGUCCUUCAGUCAGGGCGCAGGUGAGCAGGCAACAGAGCUUGUAGAAACCAAAAGUGCACUCGAGAGGCUGAAGUUGGAUCACCAGUUGGCUCUAGAGGAGGCCGGUGCCAAACAUGAAUCUGACACUAAAGCUUGGAUUCAGGAAACGCAGGCACUGAAGGCACAAUUUUCUUCUUUGACUGACGACAAGGAGCGACUGGAGGAGUCACUACGGUCCAGUGUUGAAAGAGCUGAGGAGCAACAUCUUGUGGAGAUGGAGGAUGUCCUCGGAAAGCUUCAUGCUGCUGAAAUGAUGGUUAAAGAGCUUGAGGAGAAACAAGCAACGUUGGCACAACAGGCCCAAGACAAGGAUGAAAAAACCAAAGAGCAGAUGGUAGAACUGGUGGCUCUGCGCAGCCAAGUGGCACAAAGUAACCAGGAGUUUGUGACCCUGAAGACUCAGUUAGAGGAGGUUCAGAGCCAUGAAAACUCACAGGGUACCGAGGUUGGUGAAUUGAACUCUCUGUUGGAGGGUCAACAGCAAGAAGUCGUCUCCCUACAGCAGAGUUUGACCACUGUAAAGCAGGAGAAGGAUUCCCUUGAGCAGGAGCUUGGAGGCCUGAAACAAAAGUUGUCCGAAAGCACAGAGGAGCAGACUAAAUCAGGAAAAACAAUGCAAGAAACUCUUGAGAAGCUCAGUAAGAAGGAAGAGCAGUGCACAUCGCUGACCACAGAAUCAGAGUCUCUUAGAAGUCAGCUUAAUGGGCUGGAGAGGAAGCUGAAGGCUGCAGAUGAAAAGCUUGAACAGCUUGCAAAUGACAAAAGCAAGUUGGAAAAUGAUAUUUCAGACAUGAUGAAGGCAUCUGGUGAUAGUUCAGUGCAGCUUACCAAAAUGAAUGAAGACCUCAUGCAGAAAGCAAGGAGGCUUGAGGAGCUCCAGAGUCACCUUGCAGAGGAGAAGGAGAAGGUGGCGGACUUGAACGAAAAACUUCAACAGGAUACAUCCCGCAAGAACCAGGAGCUGAAAGAGACCAGAGAUACACAUCAGUCUCAAAUAAGUAGCCUUCAGGAGAAGAUCGCUGCCUUGGAGAAGACUGUGCAAAAGGGUGAGACUCUGACUGAGGAACUGAAGACCUCACAGGAGAAAGCUCUCUCCCAGGCCUCAGAGCUUCAUGGGAAGGAACUUGAGGUGCUGCAGGGUCAGGUUGACAAGUUUAAGCAGGAACUGUCGGCCUCCAAGGACAAAACCCAGGAGCUGCAGAAGCAGGUGUCUGAGCUGCAGCCAUACAAGGAACAGGUUCAGUGUCUUUCUGCUGAGCUUGACUCCUACAAGCAUGAGGUUGAACAUUUGUCCAAAAAACUGGAAAAGCAAAAUAUAGAUCUGGAGCACAUGUGUAAGGAAAGUGAGGAUAUUAAAGCUGAGAAAUGCAAACUGGAGAAACAGCUCUCAGAUGUGCAGAGCAAGCUUUUUGCUCUUGAGACAAGUCACAAGGAGCUUUUAGUCCAGAAUGAAGAACUGCUAGUAACCAGAGAUAAGCUUUCAAAACAUCAAGAGGAACUACUCACCAAAAACAAGCAUUCAGGUGAAGAAAAAACCUCAUUGAACAAGGAGCUGGAGAAGCUUAAAACGGAUCUUCAGGAUGUGCAGAAUGAAAACAAAAACCUGAAGCAUGCUAAAGGCGAACACAAGGCCCAAAUUGAGGAGCUUCAGAGACAUAAUGCAGAGCAGAAUGACAUGCUUCUCAAGCACAAGCAGGACAUCCAGCAGAUUGAGGCUAAAAAGAAGCAACUACUCAAGGAUUAUGAAAAUUCCUGCAUAGAAAAGAACAGGCUUGAAGAGGACCUCAAUGAAAGCAAGUCUAAGCUCACAUGUGAGAAGGACAAUUUAAUUUUAGAGAGAGACGCUGCAAGAAAUGCCAAAAAGUCUCUUGAUGCAAAAAAUGCUGAGUUGCAGGCCAAACUUAAAUCGUUGAACUUGGAGAAAGAAGAUCUCACGAUGAAGAAUACCCAGCUGCAGACCCUCACAGAGACGUUAACUAAAGACCAGGCUGAAAUGUCCUCUGAAAUCAAUGCUGCCAUCUCGGAUAAAAAGAGCCUUGAGACAGUGAAGGAGGAGCUCCAGAAUAAGCUCAGUGUCACCAAGAAAGACUUGGAGAGUUCAGUCCGUGAAUGUGAAGAACUUAAAGCCUCAAAACUGAGCCUGGCCAAGAUGCUGGACGAGUUCAAGACGAGCAAUCAGGUGACUGAUUCUGAGAGGCUUCACCUUCUGCAGGAGAAAGAUGACUUACUCGCGAAUCAAAGAAAGGUCUGUAAUGAGAAAGAGGAGCUCAUCAAAGAAAUAGAAGAAUUAAAGGAGAAGCUUAAAGUCUCAACAGAACAGCUGUCUCAGUCCAAUGAGAAACUAAAAGACAUGUUGUCAUCUUUUGAGCAAGAGAAGCAAGCUUUUCGGCAGCAGAGUUCUGAAACUGAGAUGGCUCUCCAUGCUAUACGAAAAGAAAAGAUGAGUCUGGAAUCGGCACUAGAACAGCAGAGGAUGGAUUAUGAGCGUUUGGUGGGGGAGAAGGGAGAGUUAGAAGAUAAGCACACGAAAGCCACUUCUGAGAAAAAUGCUCUUUCUCUUGAGCGAGAUAAGCUAGCUAGCGAUAUCCGAACAACUAAAGACCAGUUGGACAGUUACUCCAGAUCUAAUGCCGACCUUAUUCAAGAGAAGUCUAAUUUAACAGCAAUUCUAGAGGAAACAAAAAGCCAGAAAGACGUAGUUGAAGCCGAGAUGAACUCUUUAAAACGAGAAAAGGCUGAUCUACAAAAUGAACUGCAAAAGCAUAACUCUGAUAUUAAAAUUCUUGAAAAAGGAAAGAGUGAGCUUGUUCAAGAGCAAAGUAAACUAAACAUGGAUUUUGAGAAAGCUAAUUUAGAACUUGUUCAACAGGUAGAUAAACUUACAAAAGAUAGUCAGCGUUUGCAAUCAUUGCAGGCUGAAUCUGACAAAAACAUGCAGUACUUGCAGACAGAGAAUAAGAAGCUGCUUCAGGAGCUCCAGAACUUAAAAUGCCAGAGUGAGUCAGUGUUGGAGGCCAAGGUCCUUCUUCAGAGCCAGCUACAGGCUGAGUCUAGUGAAAUGAAUAAAGUUAUUUCUGACAAGGACGUUCUCUCCAAGCAAAUUGAAGAUCUGCAAAACACAUUGUCCAAACUUAAACAAGAAAAUGAGGAGAUUUCUUCGAACCUCAAGAAUGCCGAUGAGAAAAACAAGUCUUUUGUGGUAAAUAUGGACGCACUUGGCGCACAAUUGAAGCAGCGAGAGCAAGAAACCAGUCGGCUGUCCGAAGAUAAAGAACAACUAUUAUCUAAACUUGAGGAGAUGGGCAAACAAAUGACCGUCCUGACCACAGAGAAGGACGAUCUUUUAGCUGGACAGGGUAAAUUAGAACAAGACGUUUCUUCUCUCAACACUGGCCGAGAAAAUUGGCUCGCAGAGAAGUCGAACCUCCUUGGAGAUUUAGAGAAGUUAAAGGCUAGCCAGCAACAACUAGAGGUUGAUGUGAAGACCCUAAAAACUGAUAAAGAACAUUUGGAAAAGCAGUACAAGAGUGCUGUCGCAGAGGUAUCAGCUUCUGCCGUCGUGAAAGAAGAGAUUUCCUCCAGCGUCUCACAGUUAACAGCUCAGAAGGGUGCCCUGCAGGUGGAGAGAGAUGAAGCUACCCAGCGAGUCAGGCAGCUCGAGUCCCAACUAAACAAAGCUAUUUCUAAGCAGCUUGAGGCUUCAGAGGCUUCAGGCAAGACUGCUGAAGUUCUCGAGCAGCUGACAAAAGAGAAAUCCAGUUUGCUGCAGGAGAAAACUGAAGCCCAGGCUCUGCUGGAGGAGCUGCGGCAUUCCAAGCAGGAGAUGGAGACACAGCUCGACGCAUUGAAAAAAGAGAAUUCCCAGCACCAAGAUGAUCUGAAUGUAUCCAAAGAGCAGCUUUGCACAGAAACUGAGAGGACCAAGAGUCUGUGUCAGGAAAUUGAGAAGCUUAAAGAAGCAGUUUCUGUGAAGUCGCAGUCGCUGCAGAAGAUGCAGGAUGAGAACAACAAGCUGACCCAGGACCUCGACAGCAAACACAAAGGCCAGAGUGAUCUUGUGAAGAUCAAGGAUGAGCGCUCAAAACUCAAAAAACAGUUGGAAGAGUUGAAGCAAAGUGAGAGCACCUUGAAGGAGCAGUUGGACAAGGAGAAGGCCGCCCUCCAACAGUCCAUCCAUAAAAACAGUGCCUUAAUCUCAGAGAAGGACCAGGAGGUGGAAAACAUGAGGAGUGAGCUGACUGCACUGCGUGAGAAAAAUGCCUCAGCUAUGACAUUGCAGGGUACAAUUCAGGCCUUGGAGCAGGACAAGGCUCAUCUACAGGAGCGUCUUCAGAAACUGGAGAAGGACCAUGCUGCAGGGCCUGACGCCAUCAGCAAGUCCUUAGGUGAUGCAGUUUUGGACCAACUAAGAGAGGAUAAGGAGACUGCAGAGAGUCAGAUCGAGUUCCUGAAUUCAGUCAUUGUUGACCUUCAGAGGAAGAAUGAGGAACUCAAGGACAAAUUGGAGAAAAUGGCAGCUGCCGCUCUCAACGGGAAUAAUCCAGGCGAGCUGGAUAACUACGAUAGUCUCGACAAGGAGCCCUCGAAGAAGAAGGCUCCCCCAAGGCUGUUCUGCGACAUCUGCGACUGCUUCGACCUCCACGACACAGAGGACUGUCCCACACAAAUGCAGAUGCCCGACUCCCCCCCACACACCACCUACCACGGCAGUAAGGGCGAAGAGCGGCCCUACUGCGACAUCUGCGAGGUCUUUGGCCACUGGACCGAUUCCUGUAAUGACGACCAGACCUUUUGAAGCCUUUCCAACCCUCUCGUUCACACAAUCACUGUAUUUGCACAUCAUGUCAGAUGACGCUGUGCUUUUUGGGGUUUCUGUUUGUAUGUGUGCAUUUUGUGUGCUCGUUUUGUUUCAAGCGUCUUUAUCGUCCAUGCCAGCCCUUAAGCGCUCUUAUAGGAGGAUGUUCUCCUCAGAAUUUCUCUCCAAAAUAUUCAGACAUCCAGAGGAAGAAUAAAAAGUUUGUAUUUGUAAGUGACUUCGCAGGAAAUGUGUGAUAUCCUGGGUUUGUGUGUAUGAGAAAAUACUGUAGGUGGACGUAUCAUCAGUCUUCUUCAGAUCAUUUAAUUUAUCAAUAUCAUAACAUUGUUUGCACAGCUUGUCGAGGAGGGUUACAAAGAUAAUAUAGUAUCAUAAAAGGUGUUUAUUUGAAACUGUAAAUUACUUGAUUGAAAAACAAAUGUCAGUUUGCGCAAAAAAUUGGUGAGCUAUAGUUUAUUUUUUUAUGCCUGGAAAUACUAUGUACUCUUUAACGGUUUGAUAGUAUGUGUGUAAUUUUGUGAAGGGUAAUCGCAGGGGAGAGAUUUGCCCACUCUUGCCUGGAGUGGAGCACUGAAACCUUGUGCUGUUUGGCUUUAAUGGGAACUUUUUUAUGGCCUUCAUGGUGGGAUUGCUGGAUAAAAGGUAAGAAAGAAGCAGUUAAACGUAAAGCACUUCACACUUACUGUAAGCCCUCAGUUCCAGUGAAAUGGCCUUUCCAGAAAGUUUCUUUGAAAUUACGUAAUCAUUUCUGUAUGAAACAACGAAAUACUUAGGCAUUUCAAAUGUUUUGAAUAUCUGUAUAAAAUAAAUGAAAUUUAUGUAUAAAUAUCAAA